GAAAUUGGUCUCUGGGAGGGGAAAGAGAGCGAGUGAGAGCAUGCCGUGUCCUGGGACCCUGUUUAUUUAACAUUCCCAGCUAAGGAAACUACUUUAAAAAAGAUUGUGCAUGUAGUCUUUCCAUAUCAGAUGAAGAAAUGAGUAUGCGGUUUUUGAAAUUUCUUUGUUUACACUCUUAGCUUGGAUUAUGAGUUUACAAAAUGCCUUUCCUUUUGGGCCUGCGACAGGACAAAGAAACCUGCAUAGGAAUCAACAAUCAGAGUUACAGUUGUGAAACAGGCCAUUGCUGUGGACAGUCUCAAUGUUGCAAUUACUAUUACGAACUCUGGUGGUUCUGGCUAGUAUGGACGAUCAUCAUCAUUUUGAGUUGCUGUUGUGUCUGCCACCACCGACGCGCCAAACACAGACUUCAGGCACAACAAAGGCAACAUGAAAUUAACUUGAUUGCCUAUCGUGAAGCUCAUAACUACUCCACCCUGCCAUUUUAUUUCCGAUUUUUGCCAAAUUAUUUACUACCUCCCUAUGAGGAAGUGGUGAAUCGACCUCCAACCCCUCCCCCACCAUAUAGUGCCUUACAUCAGCAAUGCAUUCCAACUGGCAAUGGCAGUACAACACCAGAUACAAGAAAUCUGCAGCCAGCUCAGGCAGGCACGCUGUCAGGAGCAGAAAGCAAUAAUGGAAAUAUGGACAGCACUGCCUCUCCAAGCAUCGGGCAUUCUGAAUCCUCCAGUCCUCCAGUUGAGCGAUCAACUACCAAAGCAACAUGUGGUGAGCCAAGGAAUUCCAGCAGCAGAGUGGAAUUAGAAGAUGCGGCUGACCAUGUAUCCACUUCUGAUAAGGAGUCAGAGUGCAAGGAAGAAUUGCUUAAGGAUUACAAUUCAGAAAGCUUAGAUCAAAACAGCGCUUUUUCAGAUGCUAAAGACAAGACACCAGGCAGACACCGAAGGUUUACCGGAGAUUCAGGCAUUGAAAUCUGUAUCUGUAACCAGGACCACCAUGAUAAUGAUCUCAAGGAGUUAGAUGGGUUCAUUGAUGAUGGAUCCAUGGACUUCUGUGAUAGUUGCAGUGGCCAUCCAUCCCAUGGAGAUGAGGAAGAAGGGCUUUUCAGUGCUUCAGAUGAACAGCAUGGAGAACACAACCACCACCAACUCUCCAGACAACCUGUGUGUGUGCUCCUGAACACCAUAAAUGAGCAGGACUCUCCAAACUCUUAUGCCAAUACAUCUCCCAGCUAAAACAACAUCAGAAGGGAAGAUCUACAAAAUGAUAAAUGUAACCAAAACCAAAAUGGUUCAUCUUUUUCUUCAGAUGCAACUAUGGGAAUAAUUUAAAAUCUGUCAAGAAGGGGGCAGACAUGUUUAGGUUUUUCUUUUCUUCUUUUUGUGCUAAAAUUGCCUCUUCUGUCCUCUGACUGGUUAGGGACUUGAUUUAAAAUGUCAUCAUUUAUAUAGAGAGAAAAGGAAAAAAAAACACUUCCUAUUGCUGAUUUUGGUGAUGGUUUAUUUGGUUGGUUGUCACCUUAAAAGUUUUCAAGAUCUGCUUUAUUUUCUGAUCAGAAACUUCAAACGUGUGAGAACAAGGAGUACUAGUGUUUAACAUCCCCCCGCCCCUGCCUGGUCUCAUUAGUGUAUUUUCCCCACUCCUCUUUUCAGGUGUCUUCUCAAAAGCCUGUGGCAUUUGAUAGCCCUGGCAAUGCAUUUAGGUAGUACUAUGGAGAAGUUGAAAUAAAUUCCCAAAAUAAAUUACGGUUUUUGCUUUUAGCCAAUAGAAUGCAUCUCUGGUGCAUUUUGAUUACAACCGUCUGUAAUAAAUGUUUUCUUCUUGAAGCUGGUAAAGGACCAGUUUCUUCCAAAAACAUUAGCCAAAAAUACAGCGUUUAUGCAAGAGGGGCCUUCAGACAUUGCCCUUUAUUUUAUUUUAAAGAAGUUCUCCUUUUCCAGUACUUGGUCUUUACGUAACUUGCAACUAGUAUGCUGCAGUGCAAAAGGACAGGGGCUUUGCAAUUUCAGACCAGCACGCUAGUAAAAAAUGACAAACCAAAACAUACAAAAGAACAGGGCUGUCUUCAGGUGCCUUCAGAUUUCAGCGAUGCUUUUUGAACAAAUGGGAAAAUCAAUUAAUUGCAAGUGGAUAAUUUGCAACAUUAAUGUGGAAGACCUGUGCAGUAUUUUCUUUCCUUAGUCCAAAAGUUAGUAUGAUUCUAACAAGUGACCACUUAAAAGAACUGAGUGUCUGUGUUUUGCUCUCUUGAAAGUGGCACAGGCUACUGUACAAUGUCUGUGAGUAUGUGUGUGUGUGUGUGUGUGUGGUCUGCAUGUGUGUUUCCUACUGGUAAGACGAAAUUUGCUGCUGUAAGACUGCAGGAAAAAAAAAGACUGUUGCUUUGCUUUAACCAAACAAUGGACUUUUUGUUAGUAACAACACCAAAGGGAAGGGGAAGAAACUCAAAACAACUGAAACUAACAUUCCUCGGAGUGUUCCUGUGGAAGAGACCAACCCUUGGUUUCUAUAUUAAGUGUGAUGGACAUCUCUUUUUCUUUUCCCCUUUUCCUUUUUCUUGAAUUACGGUUGUCUGGGUCAUUUACUGUUAUGAAAUAGACUUUCAGAUUUGAUUAUUUGAAACCAAAAUUGGUUUGAAAUAUGGUUGUAAACCCAAAUAUAAUGCCUUUUUUCUGAUAA